GUUCGAUACGUGUUAUUGUUUGUAUAUUAGCUCUGAUUGAAAGGGCAGAGUUUCUUUAAUUGUUGUUAUAUGUGCUCUGUAUCUAUUAUACGUCUCUCUGUUUUUUGGUCUCCGGGGAACAAAAGGGGCGUUUUGUUUAUUGGAAAGUCCGUGUAAUUCGAUUGAACGUGCAGCACCUUUUUUUUUUCUCUCUCUUUCCACGAUCAUAUAAUCAGCUUUGUGGUCUGAUGUUUAUGAUUCAUCAAGUUGGUGUUUUGCUCUGGAUGAUCUAUACAUCCACUUCUAUGUUCUUCCCGCAAGCUUUGUUUAUUUGUUUGUGUUCCUUUGUUUAGCUUGCUUUAGGUUUGGUGGAAGAUCAUCCUUAAAUCUUUUGAUGACUUGUUGAAUCUGUGUUUAUGUUAUUUUAUAUUGAAUUCUCUUGGUUGGGGACCAUUAGUAAUCCCCUCUCUUUUUUGCUGGUCUGAUGUUUAUUAUUCAUAAAGUUUGUUUGGUGUAACUGUUUGUUUGGUGUAACUGAAUAUUCUAUUUGAGCUUCAGGCAGGAUACAACUUUUGAUCAGAUAUCUCAUAAGGUAUUGUUUUUGUCUGCAGGGAAAGGAUGGAUGGAUGUGCUUACCCCGAUGGUUCUGCCUCGAAAAGCAACCGGUCCUGUACUGCGUGAGAAUAUGAAGAAGAAAGAUGAAAAGAAUGUCCCUUUCUGCAGCCAAAUUGCCUGUAGUGCAAAGGUAACCUCCACCAAGGGAAGCAGGAUUGGCCCUACGGUUGACAAUACAAAAGUUGGCAGGCCUGGAAAGGCAAUUGUUGGGAGUUCAUCUCGAACUCCGGGUGGAUUUGGAUACUUAAGAAAGCCAGCCAUAGGUACUACUGGCAGGAGACAGCCCUCAUCUAAUGUGGACAGAGAUUCUUCAGAGACGAGCAGUAUUCAUGAUGAUCCAGCGGCGGUUAAGCCCAUCCUUCCUCGCCUAAAGACUAAGAGAAGCGCAAUCAGUGUUCAGUCUCAAAACACCGUCUCUAGAGAAGUCGUAGGAAUUAGCUCAAGUAGAGGAACCACCAGAAGUAGUCAUCAGAAACCUGACUUGCGCACUCUAGAUACUCUAAUGCCUCCCUCUGUCUCUUCUUCUUCUGGUGGCGACCACACUCUAAGAGGUGGUCUGAGCAGGAAUGGAUUGAGAAACUUGAGGUGCAACUCUGUCUCUGAUGUACUUCCAACUAAAUCAAGCUCUGGAACAAAAGUCAGUGUGACUAAAAAGAAAAACUCUGAUGGAGAGAGCAGCUCCUCUAGCCAAGGCAGUAAGAGUAGCGUGUCGGUGAUGAAGGGAAGGAAUCAAAGCUCUUCUCAUGGAAACGGCGUCACAGUUUCUGAUAACAGAAGGAAUCGUAUGGUACCAACUAUCAGGGAUAAUAGUGUUGUUUCAAGUAGUGGUAGGAGAUCAGGGCGACUUGGAGUUGUUGCAUCCCCUGCUACUUCUCGACAAACGCCUCAACCUGCAACACCAAUCAAUCCCAAUCAUUCUCUUUCUGUUACUCCAUCAAAUAGUCACAGUAGUACUGGCCGGUUAAGUAGCAUGAUUCCUGGUAGCCCCUCAGAAGCUCACCCUUCAAGCUCUUUGGUGGACCGGGAUGGUUUAAGUCGCUACAACAUGAAUGGAAUUGCAGAGGUAUUGUUGGCCCUGGAAAGAAUUGAACAUGAUCAUGAGCUUACAUACGAGCAACUGGCUUCUUUAGAGACAAAUCUCUUCUCAAGUGGUAUGAUCAGAUUCCACGAUCAGCAUAGCGAUAUGAGGAUUGACAUUGAUAACAUGUCAUAUGAGGAACUACUAGCUUUGGGGGAUGAAAUAGGUACAGUGAGCACAGCUCUAAGCGAAGAAGCACUCUCGAGAAGCCUCAAGAAAAGCAUUUAUCAAGAGACAGAUGAAACCGGUGCCAUUUCGCUGGAUAAGGAUGAUGAUAUCAAGUGCAGUAUUUGCCAGGAAGAGUAUGUUGAUGGAGAUGAAGUAGGGACUAUGCCAUGUGAACAUAUGUACCAUGUGAGCUGUGUACAACAAUGGCUACGGAUGAAGAACUGGUGCCCUAUCUGCAAAACCUCCGCUGAGGAAAAGUCGUAGUGAUGAUGCCACACCAAACUUUAGCUUUUGGGAUAUGAUUCCAAGAUGAUGCAGAGAUACAUCGCUUCUUCUUCUUAUUCUUCUUUUGCACCAAGUGCUUGUCUCUACAUCAUCUUUGCUCUCUAUCUCUCUUCUCUUCUGUACAUAAAACCUUUUUUUUUUGGCCGGAUAGGGGUACAAAUGGGCAUAUAGAUCAGGUGACCAUCUCUUUCCCCACUUGUAUCAAAGCUCAACUUUUGAUUUGAACCUGAAACAUUUUGUAGUUUA